CAAUAACAGUUGAAAAAAAUCUGCGAGGAGAGGAGAGGGGAGGAAAGAAGAUAGGUGGCAAAACUGCAAAAGUGAAAAAGCAAAGAGAGAUAAAGGAAGGAGGCGCUCGAACUUUCGAAUUCUCCUUUCUUUAUUAUAUUUUGUUUUAGUUUUUUGUUUUUGGGGUUUCAUCAUUUUGAUUUAAACAGAAAACAAGAACCAGAGAGAGAGAGAGAGAGAUCUUCUUCAGUUUCUUACCGAGGCCAUCAAUUUUCAGACGCUUUUAAAUCCUCGGGAAGCUGAGGGUUUGCUCUCUGAUUUCAGUGUAGCAAUCUCCAUUUAUCUUUUCUGUUUCCUUGGAUUUCUUCUUCUUUCUUUUGUCUUUUUCCCUCCUCUGUGCAAAGGUACCCGGGUUCAGAUAGCUCUCCUCCUAUUUUCAUUGAAUUCCUCUCGAAUAAGGGCUUUUCGAAUGUUUAAUUGUGAGAUUCGAGUUCGUGGUGGUUACUGACAUUUGUGGAGAUUUAACGCUGCUUGGUUUCUCGAGAGUUGAAUUUUUUUAACGGUUUCUCUUCUAUGAAUGCCUCUCUUUCUCACAUGUGGUUUGGAAAUUGGAAGCUUGACGGGGUUGCUCGAAUAAGCUCAACUUUGGUGCCUUUAUCUUUUGGAUCUGUGCAGUGUUUCUUUUUUGUUCCGUUGAAGAUGAUAAUUAAAUGAAAAACGUAAAGAAGGGGAAGCCAUUUGAAAGAAUGAACUGUAAUUAGCACAUUACCCUCAACAAGGAAGGAAUUAUCAGCUUUGGCAAACUUCUGACAUUCGACAGCUGCGGGGAAUGUUGAGUUUGCUAUAUUUUGCAUUUCCAGGAGACCUGGACUAAUCAAAUGACCAGGGGCAUGAUUGUUUUUGUCUUUCUUUUCGUUUUUGAUUAAACAGUUAAUUACACCUUUACAUACACGUCUUUUGAAUUGAAUUUUAAGCAUCCGGGAGUUCAUUGCUGUCUCCUCUGUUGAUUUUGUUUCUGUAGAUCAUGGAUUUCCUCGGGUUCUCUGAGCAAUGUUGUUUGUUCUCUAGAGCUUGAGACCCAAAUUCGUCCUUUUGUAUUGCUCCGAAUGUCAGGCCCAGAAGGACUUGGCAUCCAUGAUGAAAUAAAAGAAAGGAGGUCCGAUGUUGAGAAUUCCGAAGAUGAGAGACGCAGGACCAAAAUUGGGGUGCUUAAGAAGAAGGCAAUCAAUGCUUCCAACAAGUUCACGCAUUCUCUUAAGAAGCGUGGGAAGAGGAAAAUUGAUUAUAGGGUUUCAUCGGUUUCCAUAGAGGACAUAAGAGAUGCUAGAGAGGAGAGUGCUGUCCAUGAAUUGCGUCAGAAACUUAUUGCCAAGGAUUUAUUACCUUCUAGGCAUGAUGAUUAUCAUAUCCUGUUGAGGUUUUUGAAAGCAAGGGACUUCAACAUUGAUAAAACAGUCCAAACGUGGGAAGAAAUGCUCCAAUGGAGAAAGGAGUUUGGAACAGAUACCAUAUUGGAGGACUUCGAAUUUGAAGAACUGGAAGAAGUUUUACAAUAUUAUCCUCAAGGGUACCAUGGGGUUGAUAAAGAUGGAAGGCCUAUAUAUAUCGAGAGGCUUGGGAAAGCUCACCCAAAUAAACUUACACGCAUUACCACAGUUGAUCGCUACUUAAAGUACCAUGUACAGGAGUUUGAGAAGGCACUACGUGAGAAAUUUCCUGCAUGUUCAAUUGCAGCAAGGAGGCACAUUGGAUCGACUACAACAAUAUUGGAUGUUCAGGGUUUGGGUAUCAAAAAUUUCACCAAGAUUGCUGGAGAUCUCCUGGCUGGUAUUGCCAAAAUUGAUAACAAUUACUACCCUGAGACACUGCAUUGUAUGUUCAUUGUUAAUGCUGGUCCUGGCUUCAAGAUGCUUUGGCUUGCUGUGAAGAAAUUUCUUGACCCAAAGACCAUUGCAAAGAUACAAGUUCUGGAACCUAGGUGCUUGAGUAAAUUGCUGGACUUCAUUGACUCAAGUGAACUGCCUGACUUCUUGGGUGGAACAUGUACAUGCUCUGCCGAAGGAGGGUGCAUUUGGUCUAAUAAAGGACCAUGGAAUGAUCCUGAUAUAAUGAAACUUGUAAAUAAUGCAGAAUCAACAUUUGUGAGGCAAGUCACAAGAAUAUCUGACAAGGAGCAGAAAAUCAAGUCUUACAUUAAGAUAUGGCAAAAGGGAAGAAAUAGUGAUACAUCGACAGCUGAAUCUGGAUCAGAAGAUGUUGAUGAUCCUUGUUCUCCUACUGGGCUACGGAGUUCAAGGUUUUCACGAUUGGCUCCAGUUCAUGAAGAAGCCAGGGUGUCGGAUCCGACUGUUUACUACAGUUGUGAUGAUCAUUUUACUGUUGUUGAUAAAGCUAUAGACAAUGGUCAAGUUGGGUCCAGUUCUGAGAACCAAUCAGGGGGAUUUGAGUAUCUGGGGAGCCCUUCUACUGCAGAGGCAAUUUCAAAGCCAGAAGGUAUUCCAUUUAUUAAUAGGAUCAAAACCAUUAAGGACAAAUUGGGGGAGAGAGAUUUCCAGAGUGUUGCAAGAGUUCUGCUAGCUUUUGUGAUCAAAUUGCUCGCCUACUUUCGUUUUCUACGCUGUAGACAUGGGAGAAGGCAGGGUAACAUUCACCCCUCUAAUUCUUUGGAGUCCAAUCAGGAAAUUCAUCCACCUGCUGAAGAAUCUGUGAAGGAAGAAGACCAUGCCCUUCCAUAUUUGGACCGUCUUCAGAGACUUGAAAAGUUGUUUGAGGAACUUAGCACCAAGCCUGCAGGGAUUCCUUUGGAUAAGGACCAGUUGCUACAGGAAUCUUUGGAUCGUAUCAAAUCUGUUGAGCUUGACCUUGAGAAAACAAAGAGAGUGAUGCAUGCUGCAGUGAUGAAACAAAUGGAAAUUGCUGAUUUAUUAGAGAAUGUAAGAGAGUCUAAAUUUCGGCGAAGAAGGUUCUUCUGUUGAAGGUUUUGAUGCUGCUGAACAAGCUAUGGUGGACAGAAUGAGAGGAAGAAAAGAUUUCACUGGCCUUUAUGUGGGACAUUGACGAGGAUGGUUGUUGCAGCAAAGUAUGUUAAAUCUGUUAAAAAAAAUUGGAUCGUGACAACAAACUACAGUUGGCAGCAUAAAAAGGAAGAAGAAAUAUGGCUUGCCUUUUAUACAGUAUGUAAUAGUAAAAGGUGAAAAAAAUCUGUCAUGGGCAUGGAUCGGCAUGGAUCCUUAACAUUGGCUUCCAGGCUUCCAGCCUUUCAGGUACUUGUUUAUUCGUGGAAAGGGUGUUUGCCAUAGCCGGAAA